ACUGAGACUCAUGCGUCCUGAUUGGAGCCCUGCUUUCCCCGCCUAGUGGGCAGGGGGGGGGUCGUGAAGCAGAUAAAUACAGGGCAGACAACCAGGGGUGUAUAAACCAGGCGCAGGCGAAAUGACUUCGUUAAUAUGGAAGCUGGUGGUCUUCACGGGCAUCCUGUCGGCGGGCUCUCUGGGAUCCCACCCGCAGCUUCGAUCACAGCGCCGGCAGACCCUCUCAGGAGGGUCUCCUCAGGGCCUUCCUCCGGUCUACGGGGGCUCUAAUGACUUCGGAUCCAUGGAGCAGAGUUUUUCCGAGGUGCACAGUGGGGUUCGACGAGGUGAUUUCGCGGCACCAGACUACCAGGAGCGCCUGGGCGCGCGCGCACGUUCCAGUGGACGCGGAGGGUCAGGUGAAGUUGGUGGCACAAACUCCUUUUUGCACGAGUCUUAUCAGCAGCAGAUCUCACCAUCUGGAUCCUGGCAGCCUGCUGGAGAUGCACCAGCAACAACAUCCAACUGCAGAAACCGGCUGAUUGACCUGGUUUUCAUCAUAGACAGCUCCCGCAGRGUACGGCCUGCCGAGUUUGAAAAAGCCAAGGAGUUCCUGCAGGCUAUGGUGGGAAGUUUGGACAUCGGCUCCGAUGCCACCCGUGUCGGCCUGGUUAAUUAUGCCAGCACAGUCAAGUUAGAGUUUCUGCUCAACACUUAUUUCGACAAGUCAUCCCUAAAGCAGGCACUGMCCCGUGUCGAGCCCCUAGCUUCGGGCACCAUGACGGGCGUGGCCAUCAAGACCGCCAUGGAGAAAMCCUUCAUCAAAGAAGCCGGGGCCCGCACUGCCUCCAUGAACGUAGCCAAAGUCGCCAUUAUAGUGACCGAUGGGAGGCCCCAGGACAACGUGGAGGAAGUGUCAGCAGCAGCCCGAGCGUCUGGGAUUGAGAUUUACGCUGUGGGCGUAGACAGAGCCGACAUGACGUCCCUCCAGCUCAUGGCCAGCCAACCGCACGAUGACCACGUCUUCUAUGUGGAGACCUAUGGGGUCAUWGAGAAGCUGACUUCCAAAUUUAGGGAAAGCUUGUGUGGUAAGAAUGAUGAUAGCGGGAGUGCGGAUAUUCCGCUUGAAGUGGGAUUUGAUGAUAAUGGACAAGGCCUAAAAGGCAGGCCAGAUGGUAAAGGAAUAAGUGACAAUGAAGGAAACAAUGGUUUGGAUGCAUGCACUCAGGGACACAAUUGUCAGCACAUUUGUGUCAACAGUGGCAACUCAUACAACUGCCAAUGUCGCCAUGGAUAUAUCUUGAACUCCGAUAAAAAAACCUGCUCACGUUCGGACCCUUGUGGCCAGGGACAUGACUGCCAACACAUUUGUUUCAGCAGUGGUGACUCGUACGCCUGCAAGUGUCGAUCGGGAUACGUGUUGAAUGCCGACCAGAAAACUUGCUCACGUAAAAGUUCUAAUCCAUGUUCCCAUGGACAUGACUGCCAGCACAUUUGUGUAAACAAUGACGACUCAUACAUCUGCAAGUGUCGAGAGGGAUUUAUGUUAAACGCAGACAAGAAAACCUGCUCACGUURGGACAGAUGUGUCCAGGGAAAUGACUGCCAGCACAUUUGUGUCAACAACGGCGACUCGUACCUCUGCAGYUGCCGGGAGGGAUUUGUGUUGAACGCGGACCGGAAAACGUGCUCACGUUCUGAUUCAUGUGGUUAUGGAAAUGAUUGCCAACACAUUUGCAUAAACAGUGGGAACUCCUACCAGUGCAAGUGUCGGGAGGGAUAUGUGUUGAAUCCAGAUAAGAAAACAUGCUCACCUUCAGAUGUGUGUGCUCAGGGACAUGACUGCCAGCACAUAUGUGUCAACAACGGGGCUUCUUACGUCUGCAAGUGCCGUGUGGGAUAUCUGCUUAAUGUGGAUAAGAAAACAUGCUCACGGUGGGAUGCAUGUGCUCAGGGACACGACUGCCAGCAGAUUUGUCUCAGUAAUGGUGAUUCUUACAAGUGCAAGUGUCAAGCAGGAUAUGAGUUGAAUACAGACCAGAAAACAUGUUCACAGGAAAUGAGGGGUGAAACAACAGAAGAUGCCUGCAUGUGUGAAGCUCAGAUUGUAUUCCAGCAAAAGGUGCAGUCAGCCAUUCAGGAGAUGAGCAGGAAACUUGAUGAACUUUCAGACAAAGUGAAUAGAAUUGGGGGCAAACUCAGACAUUAAAAACAGUGAUGGCAUCGAGAGSCAACCUUUGAUGCAACCGUUAUUCUCACCAAGAGGAAGUCAUCGUCUGUAAAAAAUCAACAUCUUCCAAUGUUAGAAUGAAAAUUUACAUGGUGCUAUAUUUUUAUGCAAUAUGCUGGUGGUAUUGGUUUUACUUUCACAAAAAAGUGGCACAAACUAACGUAACUUUUUUUCAUUCAAGUUGUUUUCUCUUGAUAAGUUUACUGCAACAAAAGUAAUAAUUUUUCAAUUCCAUUAUAUAACACAAAGCUUUUUUCAUUGAGCUAAUCUGUUGUCAGAUUGCAAAAUUAUAGAAAAGACCAAACUAAAUCCUGAUCAAACAGCUUUGUUACAUCACGUUGAAUAACUAUGAUCCCCUUCUUCUUUCUAACAGGGAGUCAGAAAUUUUCAGAGCAGGGAUUUUUCACCACAAACAGUUCAGUAUUUAGCAAGGAGAUUAAAGAGGUCAGGGAUUUAUAGUUCAGUACAUCUCUUGAAAAGACUAAAUUUCCCAUGCAUGCAGAAGUUUAAAUUUUUUUCCAACAGAAUUAUUUUAAGAUCUUGGUAUUUUUUCUACAGAAUCUCCACACAUAUGUGUUGCGUGAACUUCCAUGUUAUCACCACCUCUUGUGUAGCUGUACGUGCAAUAUUCAUUUUGGUACCUUCGUCACACAAUAUUAUUUAGUGUAUUUGUAUUAUAAAAUGUGGCUGUAUGUGAAAAAAACUGAAAAUAAAUAAACUUUGAAUUUGAAA